AUGUCGGGCCCAGGAACACCAUGGACGGAGCAUCGGACUCCAGAAGGUCGUCCCUACUGGUAUCACACCAUCGAACGCCGAUCGGUAUGGGAGAAGCCAUCGGAGCUCAAGACGCCUCGUGAACGGGCGCUUGAAGCAACGCCGUGGAAGGAGUACAAGUCCGGCGAUCGGUCAUACUACGUUCACAAUGUGACGAAAGAGUCCACGUGGACACUGCCUGCUGAGCUCAAGCAGAUCCUCGAGCAGUAUCCUGUCGAUGGCGACGCGGCGCCGUCGCCGAGUCUGGCAGUUGCAUCUCCACAUGUCGGCGGCGCAACGCAGUCGCCUGCCAUGGCCAGGUCGCCAGCAGCUUCGCAAAGCCCUUACCCGAUGAGUCAGGCAUCACCGCGACAUACUGCAGCGGCCUCGUCUGCACGAGGCCCGGAUCUCAACUCCCCCAACCCACUCCAGCACCGUGGAGCUGAUCAGGCUUCUGGCUCCAACACGCCGCUAAACCAACCCAGCAAUGCUUCACGAGCUCCAACCUCUACCCACCAGUCCAUGUCCGGAUCAACCGAAAUCAACUUCAAAGGGGACAAAGAAGCCGCCGAAGCCGCCUUCAUCCAGCUCCUCCGCGAGACCGGCGUCGACGUCGAUUGGACAUGGGAAACCACCAUGCGGACCAUCAUCACCAACCCGCUCUACAAAGCGCUCAAAACCAUCGCCGAACGCAAAGCCGCUUUCAACAAACACAUCGAUGCGCUUCGCCAACAACGCGCUACAGAAGCAGCGGCCCGAAUGGAGUCCCUCAGACCGGCGUUCAAGCAGCUCCUCACGAACGACUCGCGCAUCAAGAGCUAUUCGAGUUUUGCUACGGCGAAGAAGUUCCUCUCGACCACCGCCGUGUGGAAGCAGGCGCAGAGCGAGGAGGAGACACGUCAAGUGUUUGAGGCUGUGAUGAAGAAUUUGCAGCAGGCGGAGCGGGAGGAAGAGGCGAAACUCAAGAACAGGAACCGCGAGAUGCUCAUGGCACUACUCAAAACCUUCGAAGCAGACGUCUUCACCCGCUGGAGAGAUGCGCACCGAACUGUCCUCGAAUCGCAAGAGUACAUCGACGAUCCGCACUUGCCCUCAAUGGAUCUUAGCGAGAUGCUGGUGGUUUUCGAAGAGCUUAUCCGAGGGAUCGAAAAGGACGCGGAUGCAUCUCGACGUCGUGAUCUCGAGAAGAAAAGGAGGAAGGAACGUCAGAACAGGGACGAGUUCAAGCUGGUGUUGCGAAACUUGAAGGAGGAGGGCAAGAUCGUUGCCAGAUCUACGUGGGGCGAGGUAUACCCAUUGAUCAAGGAUGACAACGCCUUGCUUCGCGUGGUAGGGCAGAGCGGCUCGACACCGCUAGAUUUGUUCUACGAUCUGGUCGACGAACUGGACCAGGAGUUGGAGCGUCAAACUGCAGAUGCCCUGCAGCACAUUUCAAAACUGGGACAUGAAGUCACUCCCACCACCACAGCGGAAGAGUUCCUCACAUGGACCACCACCGUCGACGUCCCCCUCCCCACCCUCAAGCAGAUCCACACCGAGCUCGUAUCCUUCCUCGCAGCCGAAGAACAGCGCACCGCCACCGAAGCACGCAAGAAGCUAGAGCGAAAGUUCCGCCAUCAGAUCGAAGACCUCCGGUACGCUUUCAAAAAAUGCGACCCGCCUCUCGACCUCGACGCCGACUGGCAAACCGUCACACAGAGGAUGCACGACAAGGACGAGUGGAAGCAAGCUGAAAAGGAGGACGAAAGAGUCCCCCGCUGGGCCUGGGAUAAAUUCGUCCGAAGGCAGAAGGAGAAGGAGCUGGAAAGCGAAGGGAGGAAGAGAAAGGAUCUUCCUGAAAGGACAAAGGCGGAGGAUGCGAAGGAAGAAGCACCGAUCAAAAGAGCUAGAAGAGACGACGACGAAUCCGAACCCGAAGAAGGCGAAGUGUGA